CCCAGAGGGCAGAGAGAGAGAGAGAGAGAAAGAGAAUCUGUGAUGUCCUGCAGGUCGACAGCCAUAAUGAGCCUCAUCAAAUCCAAAGGUGCCCUGGGAAUCAGAGGCCGCGUCCUGCUCUCUGUUUUCAUGGGCCUGUUGGUGUGCGUCGCCGUCUCUCAGGCCGCAGACGCUCCAGAGGAGGAGCUGGUCGAGCUGAAGCUGAGAUUCGACUCUCUGAAGAAUCGCUACAGACUCCUGUGUGAACAGUAUUCCGACCUGGCGACCAACUGCUCAGCACCAGGGCUCGACUGCACCGAGUGUCCUGCCGGGUGGUUUCAGGUGGCGGAUCAGUGCUUCCAAAUCAGCCCUGACACUGACAGGCAGGGCUGGCUUACCAGUGCACAUAUCUGUGCAUUAAAAGGCGGACAUCUUGCCAUUUUGACCACAAUGGAGCAGCACGACGCUGUGGAAAAAGAAAGCAUGAGGUUCGGAGGGUUCUACACAAACUACUGGAUUGGACUGACUGACUCUGAGAAAGAGGGAGAAUGGAAAUGGGUCGACAACUCAACACUUAAUAACCCAUUUUGGGACAUCUUGAAAUCAGAGCCAGACAACCACCAGUCCGGGGGGCCGGAGGGCGAGGACUGUGCUGUGGUGGACAGCCGCUCUCAGAAGUGGUACGAUGUUCCCUGCUCCUUCACGUAUCCUCGGAUCUGUCAGAUGGCUACAACCCCACUCCACUGACACCAGGCUCCACCCCCACCUCCAAACCACUGCAGGGCCCCUCACCAAAAAAGCUGAUUUACUCAGGACCCUGUUUUAGUUUAAGUAAUAAAGUAUCAUUUUCUGUGUACAAAUGAAAUAAA